UUUUCCCUGCCGAUACGAUAAGGCACGCAUGUCGGCGAUCGGGCACCGAUGGCUACAUGGAUGGCGGGGGCACAACCAAGGGUUGUCAGGCGUUCAGGCAGGAACACAAGCAGAUAUAAGAACAUACACACGGAGAACGUGCUGACAGAGAAGCUUAUGAUGACAUCCGAUAGCACGUUUGAGCUAUCGCCACAGUUGGAGUCGGGCCAGAACGCAGGCAUUUUGAAACGGGCACCCGGCGUAGAUGCAGAUACGGACGAAACAGACGUCAGAGGAUCCAAGCUGUGGCCUACACUUUCCUCAAUGUUGCAAUACUUAGCGGUGGACCCGAAGGAAGAAAGCCCGCUGGGAGAGGUCGCCGCUGUACAAAUUGCAAACACAACAGACCAUGCGUUCAUACCAAUGCUGCCCAUCCACAACGACCCGGUUCAGUUUUUGAAGAACCAGGAGAACAUGUUGUUGCACGACAGACUGCCGAGACUCAUUGAGCUACACAGCCGAUAUCUCCAGUCGGGUGACAAGCAUUUGGCCUCAGCAAGAAGGGAAAUAGUUCUGUCGAUUCAGGAGCUCAAUCAGAACUACGAGGCCUUGAGUGAAAUAUACCUCUCGGAGAAGUACUCGAAGUUAGGAAAGUACGAAACGUUCAUUGACUGGAUUAACAAGAAGUCCAGCGUAAAGGAGAAAAUUACAGACAUCACAAAAAACUCAAACGAGGGCCAGACGUACAAGUCGUUGUUACUGAAGUCUAACCAGGUAACCGACAAAAUAAACAAACUAGAACAGGAAUUGAAAAACCUCAAAAACCAGAAGAAGCUAAUAUCCCAUCAGCUAUUAGAAACAAAGUCUUUGCUAGAAAUAAAGUUGAACAUUCACAGUGAUGAGUUGGAAGCAUUGGACCAGAAGGAGAAAGUCGAGAUAGAUUUAAUGUUCAAAGAGAAUCAGAUACGAUCGAACAAGCUCUCAGAUGUGGAGGUUUCUGACAACUUGAAGUCGCAGAUAAACUCAUUGGACAUGCUGAUUGACAGCUCCUCAGGAAUGCAAUCCAAAUUUGAGCAGUCUCAAGCAUAUCUUUCCGAUAUCUUUGAUACCUUGGAAAAGAUGGAAUCAUCCAUAAAGGUUUUCAUCGAGGAGAUGAAAACUGACCAGCUCGAACCUCUGCUAAUUUCCAACAGAGAGUAUCUUCUUGAGAGACUAAGCCAAAGUAAGACAUUACACUUGUCCGAUGUCGAAGUUAUAAUAGCAAAUGAGUUAAAGGCUAUCGAAAAAGCCUUGUCCAUACUAAACAUUGAAAUACCAGAGGUUGCUGCAAGUAAAGAAAAUGAUCAUACUGCGGACGUUAAUUCGUUGAAUAUUUCAGGAGACAGCACCGAGUAUUAUCCAAACAUUAACUCUCUAGACAACGUUUCUCUUGUGAGCUCCAAUAAACAGUCGUUACAAAUCAACAAUAAACAGAAACAAUUGUCUAUUUCCCCACCAGCCACGUUUGUGAACAUGACACCAACUUUGGCGACUACUGCCACAACUGCCAAUGCAACAAAACUAGGUCUAGGACAAAUCUCCAGUAAGUCCUCAAAGUAUGAUAAUCUAGUGAAGGGAUUCAAAUACUCAAAAGGAGGGAAAGCAGAAUGAGAGUCAUUUAAUAAAUUAUGUUCUUAAGUUUCUCGUAAUUGGUAUAUUUUAUAUAUAGGAAAUAUUACACACACAAUUUAU